AUGGAUCUUUCCUCUCUGAUAGCCGAGAUAGCUAACCAGGCAUCUAAAGUCUAUAUAAACCCCUUCCCCCAACGAGCCAGGGAUCCCCCCCAGAGCCGGACUCUCCCAACCCAAUCCUUCCAACCAGAAAGACCUGCGUUGACCGCACCGUCCUUCUUCGUAACUGAUCAAUUAAUAUCUCCCUCUUCUAACGACUACGAAGCCCUCUUUCUCGUCAUCAUGGUCCAGAUCGCCGCCACCCUCCUCGUCGCUGCUCUCGCUGUUGCCCCAGCGCUUGCCGCCCCCUUCGCUGAACCCGUUACCGAGGACCUCGUCACCCGCGACUUUGACUUCGACCUCGAGGUGCGCGCCGACGCCAUCCCCCACCCCGAGCUCCAAACCCGCGACUCGUUCGCCGACGUCGACCUCAAAGUCCGCAACGAGCCGGGUGGCAAGAAGAAGAAGAAGACUCGGUCGCAGAGGAGGCGCGAGCGUAAUAAUACUCCCGCUGCGCGCCCCGCCUCCGGGCCCGCCCAUGCCCCCGCCCCCGCCUCUCAGCAGGGCAGUGGCCGUGGCGUCCAGCUCCUCAAAGGCCUCGGCAACUCCCUCGGUCGUUUCACAGUCUCCGCCGCCGAGACCUUCGCCAACAACAACGGGGCUAAUUCCAUCGUGGCUCGCGACUUUGACAACCUCGAGGCGCGGGCUUUCGACUUGAAUGAAUUCCUCGAGGCGCGGGGUAGGAAGAACAAGAACAAGAAGCGCCGCUCCAAGGGCAGGGGCAGGGGUAGGAGGUCGAGGAAGGGCAGGAAGUCGAGGAAGGGCCGCAAGUCCCGCAAGCAGCGUCUGGCCCAGAGCAUGCCUCAGGCUGCUGAAGGUGCUGUCGAGGCAGCCGCUGAAGCUAGCGCCGAGUCUGUUCCCCCUCCCGAGACCCGCGACUACGCCGAUUUCCUGGAUGUCCGCACCCCCAUUAAGAGGCGCGGUAGUAGCGGUGUUUCAUCUGCUCUCGGACAAGCUGCUGGAACCGUACUCACUGGCGUGUUGAACAAGUGGAUGUCGAAGACUGAGCCUGUACCUGAACCCGUUAACGCCCGGGCGUACUCAGGCUUUGAUGAUCUUGACUAGGUCUUGGAGGUGUAAACUGUAUUGUAGUCCUGUCGUGGUAGUAGGAAGAAGUGAAUACGAAGUGCUUUCUG